GCAUAAACUCAGUUUUAUUCAAAAACCCGACGAGUGAUGAUUAAAUAUAUCUUUGUUUGUUUAAUUGCCGGGGUUUUGGCGGGCGAUGAGAGUUCGGUGAAAUUGUCUUUGGGAAAAAUUAGAGGGUAUUAUAAAAAGUCUUUUAAUGGGCGGCUGUAUCGCGCGUUUGAGGGGGUUCCGUAUGCGAGGCCCCCGGUGGGGGAGCUGAGGUUCCGGGAGCCCCAGCCUGCGGGCCCCUGGCCGGGAGUUUUGACCGCGAGGAGAACCGAGGGGGGCUGCCUUGAGUAUCAGCACUUGCUGGGGUCUGCUGACGACCAGGUACAGGGGACUGAAGACUGUCUGUACUUGAAUAUUUAUGCGCCUGUUGAUGUUGAGGAGUUGCUGCCCGUUAUUUUUUAUAUCCACGGAGGAGCUUUUCAGUUUGGCAGCGGGAACGUCCAUAGCCCUCAUUAUUUGAUGGACCGGGAUGUUGUUUAUGUUAAUGUAAAUUAUCGGCUUGGGCCUUUUGGUUUUUUGAGUACCGAAGAUAAUGUAGUGCCAGGUAACAUGGGUCUAAAAGAUCAGAGUUUAGCCCUAAAGUGGGUAAAAAAUCACAUAGAAGCAUUUGGUGGUGACCCGAACAGAAUAACUCUCGCAGGAAUGAGUGCCGGUGGCACUAGUGUUCAUUAUCACUACUUAUCACCUAUGAGCCGCGGACUAUUUCAUGCGGGGAUGUCAUUUAGUGGCACAGCCUUGAACUGUUGGAGCCAAACUGAAAAUUCUUUAGAAAAAUCAAAAAAACUAUCGGAUAUUCUUGGAUGCCCAACGACAAAUACCACAGUAAUGAUUGAAUGUUUGAGAACAAGACCAGGUAAAAGUAUUUCCCAAGCUACCGGGCAAUUCCAGCCGUGGCUUUACAGUCCCUACACUCCAUUUGGGCCAGUUGUCGAGCGGCAAUCCGCGAAUCCAUUUAUCGACCGUCCCCCGGCUGAAAUAAUCGCCAGUGGAGGAGCCGCAGAUGUUCCCUGGAUGACGACUCUGACCAGUGAGGAAGGACUCUACCCUGCGGCAGAAUUUGUCGACAGCGAGGAACUGAUGGAGGAGUUGGAUAAAAAUUGGGAUAAAAUACUCCCACAUUUGCUGGACUAUAAUUACACGAUCCCGGCAUCUAGACACGGAGAAGUAUCUAGAAAAAUUCGUAGCCACUACUUGGGAAGAAAGAAAUUGAAUAAAGUGAGCGUUUUGCCUCUGAUCCACAUGGUCGGCGACCGGCUGUUUGCGAUUGGCGGUGAAAAAGCCGCCAGAAUGAUGGCUAAGGCUAACAAGAGUCCAGUUUUGUUUUAUCUGUACUCUUACCGCGCGCCCGACAGUUUGUCGGAUUUAUUUAUUCCAUCGAAACCGGAUUUGGGAGUCAGUCACGCGGAUGACGUGUUCCUGGUACUAAGAUAUUCUAAUGCUCCAGAAGUUACCGACGAGACUGCCAUUGCCAUGCAACGGAUUCUGAUGGACAUUUGGGUGUCUUUCGCAGCCGAUAAGACGACCGACAAACAGAUUCAAUGGGAUAAAGUUGAUCCAGCCUCAAAGUCGCUUAAUUAUCUUCAUAUUUAUAGUCCGAGUGACAUUCAAAUGGAGAUGCAUUCAAAUAUGGCGGACAAAUAUUUUUGGAAGACUAUUAAUUUUAAUGAAAAUGUUAUUUAUGAUCAAACAAAUUCUAGAGAUGAAUUGUAAAACACAAUAACUUUUUUUUAUAAUACAUCUAAUGAAAAAAAGUCAUCAAAUUUUAGUCCCGUAUUAAUUCUUAUAUUUUUUUACCUCCAUUUUUUAAACU